AAGGGAACUGGGCGCAGGGCGGGAGGAAGUGACUUCGCUCCCCUCCCCGCCCCGCCGCGGGAAACGCGCGGCCCCUGCCCCUCGACCCCUAUCCCCAGCGGGCCGGGCUGGGCCAUGGCGGGGCUGUGUCUGCUGCUGUUGCUGGGCGCUGCGCUGGUCCCGGCCGCCAGCGCCUUCAACCUGGACGUGGAGCGCCCGGCUGUCUACUCGGGCCCCGAGGGCAGCUACUUCGGCUUCGCUGUAGAUUUCUUCGCUCCCGACCCAUCCUCGAUAUCUCUUCUGGUGGGAGCUCCAAAAGCAAACACCACUCAGCACAACAUCGUCGAAGGAGGCCAGGUGCUCAAAUGUAACUGGAAUUCAAACAGGAAGUGCCAGCCGAUCAUAUUUGACUCCACAGGCAACAGAGAUUUUGCUCCUGAUGAUCCCCUGGAAUUUAAAUCUCAUCAGUGGUUUGGAGCUUCUGUGAGAUCCAAAAAUGAUAAAAUUCUGGCCUGUGCCCCCUUGUACCACUGGAGAACUGAAACUAAACAAGAGAGAGAGCCUGUAGGAACUUGUUACCUGCUUGCUGGAUCAAAGUCUGUGGAAUAUGCACCCUGCAGGUCAACCACCAUCGAUGCAGACGGACAGGGAUUUUGUCAAGGUGGAUUCAGCAUUGACUUUACAAAGGGAGACAGAGUGCUGCUUGGAGGACCUGGAAGUUUUUACUGGCAAGGCCAACUUAUUUCUGAUCGAGUGGCGGAGAUUGUGGCUAAAUAUGACUCCAAAGUCUACAGCACAAAGUAUGAUGACCAGUUGGCAACCAGACCUGCCAGUGCCGCUUUCGAUGACAGCUACUUGGGUUAUUCGGUGGCUGUUGGAGACUUCAAUGGUGAUGGCAUAGAAGACUUUGUAUCAGGAGUCCCGAGAGCAGCAAGAACUCUGGGCAUGGUGUCUAUUUACAAUGGGAAAAACAUGUCUUCCAUGUACAACUUCACUGGGGAGCAGAUGGCUGCCUACUUUGGGUAUUCGGUGGCUGCAACAGAUAUCAAUGGGGACAAUUACACAGAUCUGUUUAUUGGAGCCCCUCUUUUCAUGGACCGAGGUUCUGAUGGGAAACUUCAGGAGGUUGGCCAGGUUUCCAUUUGCCUUCAGCGAGCCUCUGGAGGGUUUCAGAUCACAAAGCUGAAUGGUUUCGAAAUAUUUGCGAGGUUCAGCAGCUCUAUUGCCCCUCUGGGGGAUCUCGAUCAGGACGGCUUCAAUGAUAUCGCAGUGGCUGCACCAUAUGGUGGAGAGGACAAGAGAGGACUUGUCUAUAUCUACAAUGGAAGAGCAUAUGGUGUGAAUGCAGUCCCAUCUCAAAUCCUUGAAGGGCAGUGGGCUGCUCGCACUAUGCCACCCAGUUUUGGGUACUCGCUGAAAGGAGCCACAGAUGUGGACAAAAAUGGAUACCCAGACUUGAUUGUUGGAGCCUUCGGUGUUGACACAGCUGUUCUGUACAGGGCUAGGCCAGUUAUUCGAGUAAAUGCUGCCUUGGAAGUUAAUCCAACCAUUCUAAACCCAGAAAACAAAGCCUGUUCACUGUCAGAUGUCAAAGUUUCUUGUUUCAAAGUGAAGUUCUGUCUAAAAGCAGAUGGCAAAGGAAAGCUUCCAAAUUCACUCAAUUUCCAAGUGGAGCUGCUGUUGGAUAAACUUAAGCAGAAAGGAGCCAUAAGGAGAGCUCUCUUUCUUCACAGCAGACAGCCCAGCCACUCGAAGAACAUGACCAUUACAAAGGGGGGCAAGAUGAAUUGUGAAGAGCUUGAUGCCUUUUUGAGGGAUGAAUCUGAAUUCAGAGACAAACUGACUCCCAUUACUAUUUUUAUGGAAUAUCGUCUGGAUUACAGAACAGCUGCAGAUGCAACAGGCCUGCACCCUAUCCUCAACCAGUUCACUCCUGCCAACAUGAGCAGACAGGCACAUAUUCUGCUGGAUUGUGGUGAGGAUAAUAUCUGCAAACCAAAGCUGGAGGUAUCAGUGGAAAGUGAUCAGAAGCAGAUCUAUAUUGGUGAUGACAAUCCCUUGACACUAAUUGUCAAUGCUCAGAACCAAGGGGAAGGUGCCUACGAAGCAGAACUCUUCGUCAUCGUUCCACCCCAAGCAGAUUUCAUUGGUGUUGUUCGUAACAAUGAGGCUUUAGCAAGACUGUCAUGUGCAUUUAAAACAGAGAAUCAAACUCGGAUGGUAGUCUGUGACCUGGGAAAUCCCAUGAAAGCAGGAACUAAGCUAUUAGCUGGCCUGCGUUUCAGUGUGCACCAGCAGUCCGAAAUGGAUACCUCUGUCAAGUUUGACUUGCAGAUACGAAGCUCCAACCUGUACGACAAUCUGAGUCCAGUAGCAUACUAUCAGGCUGACCUUGCUAUUUCAGCAGCUGUUGACAUUAGAGGCGUGUCAUCUCCUGAUCACAUCUUCCUUCCCAUUGCAAACUGGCAGCCAAAGGAGAAUCCAGAGACAGAAGAUGAUAUUGGGCCUUUGGUUCAGCAUAUCUAUGAGCUGAGAAACAAUGGUCCAAGUGCAUUCAGCAAGGUGAUGAUGACUCUGCAGUGGCCUUACAAAUACAAAAACGACACGCUGCUGUAUAUCGUUCAGUAUGAAAUUGAUGGUCCCAUGAACUGCACUUCUGAUAUGGAAAUCAAUCCUUUGAAAAUUAAGAUUUCUGCUUCUAAAGAUGACGACAAGAACGAGACACUUAGCAGGGAAGAUCAUCGUGAUCACCGUAUCAGCCGAAGGGACGUAACUGCCAUGGAAGGAGAUGUGCAAACUUUGGGCUGUGGAAAUGCUGAUUGUUUGAAGAUAGUCUGUCAAGUUGGCCACCUGGAAAGGGGGAAGAGUGCAAUACUGUUUCUGAAAUCACGCCUUUGGACCCAAACAUUCAUGAACAAAGAAAACCAGAAUCACUCCUAUUCUCUCAAAUCAUCUGCUUCAUUCAAUGUCAUAGAGUUCCCCUAUAAGAACCUUUCCUUUGAAGACAUCCACAAUUCCACAGUAGUUACCACAAAUAUUACAUGGGGCAUUCAACCACAGCCUAUGCCUGUGCCAGUGUGGGUUAUAAUUUUGGCUGUCCUAGCAGGAUUAUUGCUCUUGGCUGUUCUAGUGUUCGUUAUGUACAGGAUGGGAUUCUUCAAACGUGUGAGACCACCUCAGGAAGAGCAAGAAAGAGAACAGCUGCAACCACACGAGAAUGGGGAAGGAACCUCAGAAGCUUAAGCAGAGUUUUAUCUGUAAGACACUCUGAAGUUUCACCAUGCCUACAUCUUGGUUACGACUAUUGGUUUCCCUCUUAAGGAAAACAGACUCUUGUGACUGCGAAGCUGCUGGUCUCAGAAGGUAUCAGCACCUACACAAUAAGAGCAACAUAUUGAAAUCCUCCUUUCUGCAUUAUGUUCAUACGUGUGACUAACACAGCUGCACUGAUUUGUGUGUGAAAAAAAUCAGUAAUAUGUAGUGCCAUGACUUUGCUUACUGGGAUGUAGGAGGCACCAUCUUUUCUUUUGAUUCCUGGACCAACGUUACGUGAAUUGCUAUGCAGAUUUUGCAUUCGCUCUCGAAGCCAAUGGCUUCCAUAGAUCCUUGCUGGAUGACACAUUUAGUCUCAGUUGGUAAUUUUUGUUGGAGUACACUACACUUCAUUUCCUAGUUCCUGAAAGCUAGUUGUACAAAAAUAUGAAUGCAGCUUGUCUUACAAAACUGAGAAACAUUCUUUGACCCACUAACUCUGCUGCUGAUGUUCCUCCUGCUCGCAAAAUACUGGGUGGAACCAUUCGCAUCUGAUGCCUAUUCUGCAUGGCAGUUCUCUUCCUCCUUGGUCAGCUGUCCUGUAGUUUCCCUCUAGACUUUACAGCUGUUGUUCUCCAGGUCCUAGGUCUCUUACUACAGAAAUGAGACCUACAGAAACAAAAGCGAGCAAGAGAAAGCUGAGGAUGGUGUACUUUCUAUGGGGCCUAGUGACAAGAUUCAGUGUUAGAUCCAAAGACUCUGCUGUGUAUUUCCCUGGAGUGGGACACAGGUGCUCCACAGAACUCUCGGCAGCAUGGAAGUCAUUCAGGUACUGCCAGAGACAAGGUAGUGGACUGUGGUUGUCAACACACGUGUCUCAUGAGAAAACCCACAGCCUUUACAUUCACAAGUCAAGCUUCCACAGCGUUUGAAGUUAAGCCGGUAUGUUACUUGGCUCACAUUUCGGUUUCUGGCAGAAAAGUGGAGGGAAUACUUUACACCUGCUGCAGUGUAAAGAAGCUGUUGUUAAGUGUCACAUUCUGUGGUUAACCACGUCCAAGCACAGGCUGGAGUAAUACAGGGAUUGUUUAAAGCGGACUGUAUGCUGGCCAAAUGCAUCUAGAUCACAUCAGGACUUUGUCCACAAUCAUGCCACGUGCCCUGAGAGAACAGUGAGCCUGUCAAAUGAAGCAGAGUAUAGCUGGGAAGGCGAAAGGGGUUGAAAAGAGAAGGUUGAUCUGACUUUAUUUCAUUUUGUUCAUUUGUAGCUUCAUUCAUUGUACAUUUCAUUGCACAAGACGUUUUGUUGCAUUCCAGACAUUUCAUUACCAGACACUAAGAUACUUUAUUGCCUUGGUUUUCAAACGUACCAAAAGUUCAGUAGUUUAAAGCCAUGGGUUUAUGCCAUUCCUAGGUUAUUUCCCUUGCACUGGUGUGGUUAAAUGAUGCCUCUUAUGCUUAAAAGAGACCACAAGAACACUGUCUGUAUGCAUUUCAGUAGAUGUGUUAUCUGCAGAUUAGGAGGUUGGUUGUCUUGGAACCACGUGUAGCUGUGUUGCACACAUCUUACUGUGGAUGUACUUAAACUGUUACAAAGGUGCCUUAUAUGACAUUUGUUUAUUCUCUGCUCCAAAAAGAGAAUAACUUACUUUACAAACUCCCUGUAUGCAGCCACAUACAGAAAGGAAGACUUGUACUGUAAUUUUACAGUGCGAGUUCCAUGUAGGCCAGCUCUUAGAAGGACAGAACCUCUGGUUUGGUUUGGUUUUGUAUCUUGGGAGUUUUUGUUCGAAGCUGCAUCGCUCCCAUAGACGCUGCACUGCCCAGUAAACCCCCAGUUAUCUGAAAUGAUGAACAGUUUGAUUCAGCUCUCAUUUCUGCAUCCUUUCCACUAAUGGCUUUUGUUGUUAAGCCCAUUCUUACUCGCUGAACCGUGGUGGCAUUUGAGUCAUUAAGAGAGACAGCACAAAGUCUGUGGGGGCCAGUAUGUGUAUCAGAUACAGGCUUGCAUAUUUAUCCAUUUGCAUGUUUCUGUUUUAGACAGUUUGUUUAGGUAGGAUGAGUUUAUAUGAGAGAGUAUAGGGCACAAUACUGCUUUCACUGAAUUUUCAUGGUCUUCAGUGUGGCCAGCAUUGUAUUUUUUGUUGUUUUUUUUUUUACUUCCAGUAUUGUUAAUAGUAAUAUAGUAAAGAAUCAGGAGUCAGCCUUUGAUCCUGGCCUCAAAAUGUGAUUUUAUAAGAUACAAUUUCAGUUACUUACACAGGCUUCUAGCUCACACACUUUGCUGACUGAUUAUCUACAUGUAAGGAGAUUGUUUUUACCCAGUCUUAAUCUUAGUAGGUUAAGAGGUUUAAGAGACUGUCAGACAGAUUAUAGCUCUAAUUCUUACAUGUGUGCUUUCAUUACAUGUACACAGUGUUGACUUGAAAUUUAUUAGACUACUUGCACAUCUAGGCAUUAUAAGGAGAUGAAAGUAAAUUACAGUACAAUAGCCACGAUGGAGAUCUCUUCAGCUUGCAGGGAAGGGAUCCCGUAGUGGUGUUAAUGGCAGUGCUAACUGCAGCUUCAUUUUAUACUGUGCAACUGGAAACUCUCUCAUUGUGCUGAUUUUCAGGAUGAAAAGGUACAUUUUAUUGGUACAACUACUGUAGCUAAAGGAAAGUUUCUUCCAUUUAUUGAAGUCUCAUAAAGUAAGAUUUAUUUAAGUGGUUUUUAUUUUCUUGCAUUCUAUUGGAGAGUAGAAGCACACAGCUGCUUCUCCCACUAAUUUCCAGCUUGGUUAGAAAUAAAAGAGUAGCAUAGAUAAAUUAAGGAUACAGGUUACUUAGUGGGCAUAGACCUAACACUCCAAAUUCAGUUGAAAGUAACAUCUGUGUUUGAAAUAGAUGCUGAACAGGAUGUGUUCCUGAACGAGGGUGCAGGGAACAUUUGAUGUCACAUUCUGUACUCGGCAGUAAGAUUACAGACUGUGUACGAACGCUUGUGUCAGUAUAAAUUUCAUACUGGCUUACAGGCACUGAUGUUUUCUUAGAGCAAAUAUUGUAGAAUGAUGUAAAAAUGUUUACAGAAACUUGAAAUACGCAUUUUGGAAUGCAGUUAAUGCCUUUGAGUUAAAACUGAUGUGCAUAAGAUGCAUACUGCAAGCAUUAAAAAAGUAAAUACGAUACAGAAUUAGUCCUCUUUUGAGAGUCAUGUUUCAGAAGCUUGUUUUUCAUGACUAUAAAAUCAACAGCUAUGUAAUUAUUUAGUGGAAACAUUUAAAAGGAGCUGUAUCUUUUUUAUAAUGAAACACAAAAUUCUCUAAGUACUCCAGUUGGCAUUUCUUGCAGCAUCUCAUGACCAACAUAUAAGAAGUGAUUUCUAUUUCCAAGUGCAUGUUAAUCUAUUACUGCAUUUCACCACGUUUAGGAAACACAAAGCGAGGAACCUAAUGUAUAGGUUUAUGUUUCUGUCAGUAGACUAUGAAAUGGUGGAGAUGGCUUUUGGAGAAGCACGGCUGCAAAGUCAAAUAAGGGGCUGCAUUUAUCAGUUUGAGUUCAGAUCUUUGAGGAAACACUUGCAGAUAUCAGUAUCAGGUUUAGAAUUUGGUAUCUCCCAUUUUCCCAUCUUAAAUGUUGGUCUGUACAUUGAUCUUUGAUUCACAUGACGUUUGUGGAAGCUCCAAGGAAGUUUAUUAUAUGUGCUCUUUCUGUAUAAAACAUUGAUUCCAAGAAAACAUUUUGCAUACUUAGUUGUCUCUAAGCUUGUGUCCAUGCUUAAAUAGUCUAAGGUAAACUCUCACGGGUACUUUGAAACUAUUGCAGCAAUAAUCAGCACGUUCUGGGUGGUUUGAAGGAUUCAUGCUGCACUUAACACACUUUUGCAACAUUUGGGUUUGCUGUGAGUUAACUUGGCAUAAGCCCUGCAGUAUUUUUUCCUAGACCUUCAAGAACACUCACAGGGCAACAUGACCCUGGCAAAAAUCUAGUCAGUUUCUGCCUCCAGUCCAGACUAAAACCUACUCCACGGUUUAACAAAGACAGAGACAACCUGACAUUUCAUUGCCACUGGCUGUGGAAGUGACCCUCUGUGCUCGGUGCUGCUGGCUGUCAUGAAGAAAAUAAAUAAAACCAAACAAAACCAGGAUUUGAAGAAAGGAAAAUGGAAAUCCAGAAAAUAAAAGGUGAUGACAGACCACAGAUAAGCCUCACAGCACAGAGAUUGUUUUGUUGGGGUGUCUGUGUCCCAGAUGGGAAGAACCCAUCGGUUGUCAGUCGGCAGUGGCCUCCUGUGACAAACACACCCCACAGUUUGGAUCCCAGCGAUACACUGAGCCCCAGGAGCCCUCACUGACUUGGGUGGGAUCUGAACUCUGUGGUACUGAAUCUCUGGCUUCUAAUUCCCAAGUGCAAUAUAAUGUGAUCAGCUC